AUGACGAAACGUUCAGCCGAUGCAAUAAUCCCAGACACACCACAUAGUCCUUUUCCAAUAGUAGCCGAUUAUGUCAAAAUUAUUCCCGGUUUUGGGCGUGGUUCAUCGGAACUAGGUAUACCAACUGCUAAUGUACCGAUAGAACAACUCACAGAACAAAUUCAAGAAUUACAGACUGGUAUUUACUUUGGGUGGUGUAAACUAAAAGUAAUUUCCAGUGAUGAAAAUGUGGUCAAAAGAAAUAAUGGUAGUGAGGUGAUCCUUAACUAUGGGUCUAAACUUACUGAAGAUGAUCUUAGCGUAUUGCCGGUGGUGCUUUCAAUUGGAUGGAAUCCUUUCUAUAAAAACACUGUAAAGACUGUGGAGCUGCAUAUCAUUCAUGACUUCAGCGAUACUUUUUACGGAGCAGAAGUGAAGUUUAGCUUUCUCGGCUAUAUAAGGCCAGAACUAAACUACACCACGAAAGAGGCUUUGAUAGAGGACAUUAAAACAGACAUCAAAAUAGCUUCAGAAACCGUUAAGUUACCUGCCUAUUAUGAAACGAGGAAGCUGAUAGAAGAUAGUUAA